UUACAGUGGAAGAGAAAAAAUAAAAUAAAAAUUAAACAUUUAAGUGCCUGCAAGAAUUAGUACGCGAAUUAGUACAUGAGAAAAUUGAAGCAAGUUUAUUUAUUUAUUUUUUGAUGGAAAAGAUUGGAGCAAGCUAAAACCACCCGAAAGCCCUAAGAUCGUCGUCUCCACUCAGCAGAUAAUCAGCAAGGGCUGCUUUAUUUGCAGGGUUUGUCUCUAUAAUCAUGGCAAAGUCAUUAUCCAGCAUGCUUUUGAAAGGAAUUUCUGGUAUUCAAGCUUCUCGUUCUUGCAGAAUUGUAUCUGGAUCUUUUUACCACUAUGGGAUGAAGUACUCAACUUCAGUGCCUGAUGAUCCUGACACACAUGAUGAUUUUAAGCCUGCCAACAAGCUCAAGAGCUCAGACAUUUCUUUGAAGGACGUUGUGGAGCAGGAUGUCAAGGACAACCCUAUAAUGAUUUAUAUGAAAGGGGUUCCUGAUCUUCCUCAAUGUGGAUUCAGUUCACUAGCAGUGAGAGUGUUAAAACUGUACGAUGUUCCUUUGAGUGCUAGAAAUAUUUUGGAAAACCUUGAGCUGAAAAAUGCUGUAAAAGCCUACAGCAACUGGCCAACAUUUCCACAGAUAUUCAUUAAGGGAGAGUUCAUCGGCGGUUCAGAUAUUAUUCUCAAUAUGCAUCAGUCUGGGGAACUCAAGGAGAAGCUUAAAGAUGUGACCUCCAAUCAGGAAAAGUCUGAAUAAGUUGAAUUUGAAGAGCCUGUAGUUGAACCCUUGAACUGCAGCACGUUUAACAUCACAUAUAUUUGAGAUGCAAAUUCCUUAUGCAAGUUUUUGACAGAUUUGGUUUGAUGAAGGGUUUCGUCAAAAAAUUUAGAGAUAGAUAAAUUUAGCUUGUUCUCCUUUUUAUUUACCAUGUAAUGACUAUCCAUAGCUUAAGGCAUUUCAAAUCUAUAUACUGCUAGCUCCUUUAUUUAUUUUUA